AUGGUUAGAGAAGGUAUAGUUCUUGGUCACAAAGUGUCACAAAAUUGGCUGGAGGUUGAUAAAGCAAAGAUUGAAGUGAUUGAGAAGUUAGCACCACCAAUUUCGGUGAAGGGUAUUCGUAGUUUCUUGGGGCAUACCGAUUUUUACCGGUGGUUCAUCAAAGACUUCUCAAAAAUUGCACAUCCUCUAUGCAAACUCUUGGAGAAGGAGGUGAAAGUCCACUUUGAUGAUGCUUGCAUGCUGGCCUUCAAGUGCUUGAAAGAAAUAUUGAUCUCCACUCCGGUUAUCAUUAGCCCUGAUUGGUCAGAACCCUUCGAAGUGAUGUGUGACACAAGAGGCAUGGCAUUAGGUGUCGUGUUGGGGAGAAAAUGCAACAAACUAUUUCACCCCAUUGACUGUGCAAGCAAAACUCUAAACGCUGCUCAGAGUAACUAUAUUGUCAUAGAACAAGAAUUACUUGCGGUAGUAUAUGCGUUUGAGAAGUUCCGAGCAUACUUUCUAGGUACCAAAGUGGUUGUUCACACUGAUCAUGCUGCACUACGUUAUCUGAUGGCAAAGAAGGAUUCCAAGCCAAGAUUGAUAAGGAGAGGCUAUGAAAAUCAGGUGGCUGACCACUUAUCAAGAUUGGAAGGCAAGGAAAAUGACGAGCUGGAGAUGGACAUAAAUUAUGCUUUUCCCAAUGAACAGGUUGGGGGCCAUCAUGGUGGUGUAUGUACAGCUCCUAAAGUCCUUCAAAGUGGUUACUAUUGCCCUUCCCUCUACAAAGAUGCUCAUGAGUUUGUUAAGAAGUGCACUCAACGUCAGAAACAAGGUGGAGUGUCUAAAAGACAUGAGUUGCCUCUCACACCCAUUUUAGAAGUUGAGUUGUUUGAUGAGAUCAAGAGUAUCCUAGCCAAGACGGUGAAUGCAAAUAGGACUGAUAUGUCUCGAAAGCUUAAUGAUGCUCUAUGGGCGUAUUGCACUGCAUACAAAACAACAAUUGGUAUGUCCCUGUAUCAGCUAGUCUUCGGAAAAUCUUGCCAUUUACCGGUUGAAUUGGAACACAAAGCAUUAUGGGCAUUGAAAGCUCUAAAUCUUGACUGGGCAAAGACUUCAAAGAGAGGACUCUUUUCGAUAAAACUCAAAUCCAAAUGGUCAGGUCCAUUUAUAGUAACACGGGUGUUCACAAAUGGUGCCAUUGAGGUCGAAGGUAAAGAGGGACUUGAAUUCAAAGUGAAUUGGCAACGCUUGAAGUUGUAUUUUGGUGAAUGCCAAGAGAUUUCUCUGAUUGAAGUGGUGCAAGAAAUUGUGCGAGGUGAAGACACUAUUGGUGGAUCGCUGAAUCUAUUCGGCGAUCCCGAUCUCGUCCGCCUUCUGGACUUUGAAAAUGGAACUGAGAUACUGGAAUAUUAG